UUUUUUUUUUUUCUAAAAAUCACAAAAUGCAUGCUCAAUCAUCACCUUCUCAAGAAGAUCCUUCUAUAUUAUCUACUGAUAUACCUAUGACUUUGAUUCCUUCUUCUUCUUCUUCGUUGACAAAUAACUCUAUUAGUCCUUAUAACUAUCUCUUACAAACAUCAAUGCCAAUAUCAACCGUUCACACUAGAAGCGAUAAUCAAUCAUAUUUACAUUACGAUCUUCUUCCCUUCGAUAACAAAGUACUGGAAGAUCAAUGUCAAUCCACAGAUCUUGCUACCAUUAUUACCAGCCUCAAUGACCAAGUUUCUACCAAUUCAUUCUACUCGAUAGAUAACAGUGAUCAGAAUCAUGCUGAGCGUCAUGCGCCACUCGGAUGUGAGCCAUUACCAUUCCACCAAUCCUUGGCAACACCAGCCUCAACCGGUUUUCAACCUCCCUCAACAAGCCCUCAGUCACUAUCACCAUACUUUUAUCCAAUCAUGGUCGAAUCAACUAUAUUUAAGGAAGAGAAUAUCUUGGCAAUGGAGUCCACUGGAGGAACAAUCAUUAACAAUCAUCAAUAUCAACAGCAUCAACAACAUAGGCAAUAUCAAUCAUAUCAAGAACAUCAGUAUCAUACAUUGACUUAUUCAACACCGCAUCAAUCAUCAAUGGUCGCCGCUACACCUCCAACUUGUUCGUCAUUACCUCCCAUCAUAUCAUCUACUUUUUCUGAUAUCAUCCCUUCUCAUAUACCAUUAGCAUCAUCUUCAUCAUCAUCAUCAUCAUCAUUGGUACCUAUUCACUAUCCGAAAAUGACAUAUUCUUCUUCUUAUGCAUCUCACUUUACCCAGUCGAUUCAUCAAAAUCAACAAAGACAACAGGAAUUUACAACUAGCCCUGAUCCAAUUUGUUCGAUAACAACACCGUUACUAGCAAUCACAGAUACCAACCAAGCAUUAACUACGAAUCCCGCUACCAGUAGCAUCACUUCAGGUAGAUCAUCAACGAUGAUUUCUCGGCCAUCAUCACCAAUACCUUCAAGGAUAAAAAGUCAAAAGGAUUACCAAUGUGAUCAAUGUGGUAAAUCAUUUCAAAGGGCGUACAAUCUCAAAUCACAUCAACUCAGUCAUAGCAAAUUACGACCAUACGUGUGUCAUUUUGAAGGAUGUCCUUGGCGGUUCUCUCGGCCUCAUGAUUUACGGCGUCACGAAAAGAAUUUGCAUGAUGAUCAUCGUCUUCGUCGUCGUCCUUACGGCUGUAAAACUUGUGGAAAAAGAUUUGUGCAAAAAGAUGCCUUUGAACGUCAUGCAAAUGGUGAUGCAAUAUGUCGUCAGGUAUCCUCCAUGUUGACUCAUGCUGCCUCUCUGGAUACUUCUUUACCAACAUCAUCAGCAACAUCAUCAGCAACAUCUUCAGCAACAUCAUCAGCAACAUCAUCAGCAACAUCAUCAGCAAUAUCAUCAGCAAUAUCAUCAGCAAUAUUAUCAUCACCGAUAUCAUCAACAGUGAAUUUUUUCAACCAAAGUCAGGAGAAAUAAAAAAAAAAAAAGGUGGCCGUAAUGAAUUGAUGGAAUUCUCUGACACUGUAUGAUACCCUUCACUUAGUGAUCAAUCAAUCGCUAUGAAUACAAGCUCAUGACAGGCUAGGACUAUUUUUGUAUGGUAUCCACUUGGAUGUUUGACUUACCGUGUCUUUUUUAUCUUUUCUAUUUGAUUCUCUUGUGUUGAUCAUCAUUGUUAUUAAUAGACUAGAUAUUUACCAACAUUAGAAAUAAAAAAAAAAAAAGCCAUCUGGGUUUAAAUGAUCUUA